UGAUCCUGUACAAGGACAUCAAGUUGGUAUCAGAGCCAAAAAAAAAUCUGGAAGGAAAUGACUGACCGAGGCAAGGAACCUGUGCGGGAAGAAACUCGCACCAUCGACGGAUUAUGGGCGAGUCAGGAGAAACUCAAUCGGAGAAUUGAUGAACUCGCCGCCGACGUGCAGCGAUUGACGGUUGCAAUCCGCCAAGGGUUUAAUCCCAAUAUGGCGAGAGACUCACCAGCAUUACAUCGGGAGGAAGCUCUAGCGAACAGAUUUCCUCCUCGCGGUCGAAAUACGCAUGGACACCAGGCCAGACAUGUACAGGCGCAUUUUGCUGACCCAGAACACUCGGAAGACGAGACUCCUCCUCGUCGUCGAGUCAGCAAUCCGAGAUAUUCCACAGAAGAGGAGUCAGAAGAUGGUUGGAUAGUGAAUGAGCAGCGACACCGAAGGAGACAACAGGUUCCGCAUUAUCCUGGUGAAUUCAAGGUGAGAUUGGACAUACCGUUUUUUGAUGGACAUUUGCACAUUGAAGACUAUUUGGAUUGGGAAAAGGCAGUUGAGAAUUUCUUUGAUUAUAUGGAGAUUGCCCCUGAGAAACAAGUUAAAUAUGUUGCGUGUCGUCUGAAAAGCGGAGCUAGCGCAUGGUGGGAACAAGUGUUGCAAAGCAGCAGGAAGGAAGGGCGAAGCCGGAUAAAUACCUGGGGCCGAAUGAAACAACUGUUACGGGCACAGUUUCUACCCACAGAUUUCGAGCAAAUACUUUAUAUGAGGUACCAACAUUGUAUGCAAGGGACACGCACUGUUAGCGAAUACACGGAAGAAUUUAAUAGAUUGAGUGCCAGAAACGAUUUACAAGAAUCGGGUACCCAAAUGGUGGCAAGAUACAUUGGGGGCCUUAAGGAUAGCAUCCAAGAUAAAUUGGAGCUCAAUUCGGUGUGGACAAUGCCACAGGCGGUGAAUUUGGCAAUGAAAGUGGAAGUUCAACAGAACCGGCAGACUAGGACCCCGUAUAAUAGGAGGCAUUGGCAGGAGCAGAACACAGCCAGUUCUAAGAGCAAUUCCCAGCAAGUGACAAAAUCCAAUGCAAUAGCCAAUACGGGCACAUCUGUAAAUGGAGCUGUUAACCAGGGCGGUGAAGGAAAAACGGCGAACAAACUUAAAACCACUACUAACACCAACCCAUAUGCACGACCCAAUACUCUGAAAUGUUUCCGCUGUUUUCAACCGGGACACAAGUCUAAUGAAUGUCCCCAAAGGCAACAGUUGCAGUUUGCCGAACUGGAAGAUGAGGAUGACGCAGCAAUAGCUGAGUUAGAGGAGAAUGCCGAGAUUGAAGAAGUGCAGGCAGAUGAGGGAGAGCCGUUUAUUGGAGUCAUGGAGAAAUUGCUCUUGGCACCGCGGGGACCCAAUUCUUCUCAGCGCCAUGCUAUAUUUAAAACAAGGUGCACCAUACAAGGCAAGGUUUGCGACCUUCUUAUUGACAGCGGGUGUACUGAGAACAUAGUAUCCAGAUCAGUCGUCAGCGGCUUACACUUGAAGACGUCUAAACAUCCGCAACCUUAUAAAAUUGGCUGGGUCAAGAGGGGUGUGGAGAUUAUGGUCACCGAAGCUUGCACAGUUCAAUUUUCUAUUGGCAAGCACUAUGCUUGCGAAGUGCUAUGCGAUGUCCUCGAUAUGGACGUGUGUCAUUUGAUACUAGGCAGGCCUUGGCAGUUCGACGUCGACGCACACUACGAAGGUCGGGCGAAUGCUUAUUCAUUUGAUUGGAAGGGACGGAAAUUGAGGUUGUUACCAGGGUUGCCUGAAGGAUCCGCGAGAGGAGCUAACAAACAAACAGUCGCCCACCUGGUCUCUGGAUCGAACCUGCUGCAAUGCUGGAGAGAACAUGCACCGAUGCUGGCAUUGAUUGUUGCUGAAGUGAAUACUAGUACGCUCCCGAAGAAUUUGCCCAAGGAUAUUACUGAGGUCCUUGAGAUGUAUAAGGCAAUCUUACCAGAUGAACUACCUGCCGAGCUGCCACCACUCCGGAGUAUCCAACAUCAAAUCGAUUUUAUACCGGGAGCCUCAUUACCAAAUUUGGCACACUACCGGCUUAAUCCGAAAGAACAAGCUAUUCUUGCGGGAAUUGUGGAUGAUUUACUGUCGAAACAACUCAUCCAAGUUAGCUUGAGACCUUGUGCGGUGCCCGCUCUUCUGGUACCAAAAAAAGACGGAAAUUGGCGAAUGUGUGUCGACAGUAGAGCUAUAAAUAAGAUCACUAUCAAGUACAGAUUCCCGAUGCCACGCAUUGAAGAGCUGCUAGACAUGCUCACGGGCUCUUCCGUGUUCUCUAAAUUAGAUCUCAGAAGCGGAUACCACCAAAUUCGCAUUCGUCCUGGCGACGAAUGGAAGACGGCGUUUAAGACGCCUCAAGGGCUGUAUGAAUGGAGGGUGAUGCCCUUCGGUUUAUGUAAUGCACCUUCAACGUUCAUGCGUAUGAUGAACGAAAUUUUAAAGCCAUUCCUUGGGAAAUUCUGCGUGGUAUACUUCGAUGACAUUUUGGUAUUCAGUAAUGACCGCCCACAACAUCUCCAGCACUUGAGAUCCAUAUUUGAAGUUCUACACAUGAACAAACUGUUUUUAAACCUCCCGAAAUGCGAAUUGGCAACAGCUUCUGUCCGAUUUCUGGGAUUUAUUGUAUCCGAGGAAGGCAUUCACGUGGAUCCAGGUAAAAUCUCGGCCAUUCAGGAUUGGCCAACUCCCACGUCUUUCUUUGAUAUACGUAGUUUUCAUGGAUUAGCGAACUUCUAUAGGCGCUUCAUCAAAAAUUUCAGUAUCAUAAUGGCACCUAUUACCGACUGUUUAAAGUCUAAAUGUUUUCACUGGGGCGACGAACAGCAGCAAAGUUUUAACCAGAUUAAGGCAGCACUUACUACUGCACCUGUUUUGGUGUUACCGAGUUUUGACAGAAUCUUCACGGUAGAGACGGAUGCCUCCUCAAUCGGUAUUGGAGCGGUGUUGUCCCAAGUGGGAAGACCGGUUGCAUUUUUCAGCGAAAAACUCUGUUCAGCUCGACAAAAGUGGACAGCUUAUGAGCAAGAAAUGUACGCAAUCAUCCGUGCGUUAAAGCAGUGGGAGUCUUAUCUGUUGCAUCAAGAUUUUGUUCUAUGCAGUGAUAAUAAGGCACUACAGCAUUUGAACACUCAAAAGAAUGUCAAUAGGAUGCAUAUGCGCUGGCUAUUGUUCCUCCAACGAUUUUCGUUUACUUUCAAACACAAGCCAGGGGCCGAUAACAAAGCCGCUGACGCACUCAGCAGAAAAUCAAUUUUGUUGACUCAACUACAAACAGAAUUAGUGGGCUUGGAGCAUAUAAAAGAGCUGUAUGAAGAAGAUCCGGAAUUCGGUUCCAUUUGGGCUUACUGCUUACAAGAUUCUCAGUUUGAACAUUACUCCAUUAGACAUGGCUUCCUCUUUAAAGAAAAUUGCUUGUGUAUUCCGCAGUCCUCCUGGAGACAACAUCUUAUUCGCGAAAUUCAUGGGGGCGGACUAGCAGCUCAUUUGGGUAAAGAUAAUACACUAAAACAGCUCCAAGAAAAAUUCUUUUGGCCCUGAAUUCGAAGGGAUACAUUCCGUCUGGUUGAGAGCUGUUCUGUA